UGAGUAGCCAUAUAAUUAACUAACCUCCCUACCCAUCUCUAUAUAUUUACCCAACUCCUCACCUCUCUCUCUGUCACAGUUGUUAGUUAAGGCCAAGCUAAGCUUGAAAAAAAAAACCUGCACUUGCUACAAUAAAACAGCUUUUAGUACAAUCUCAUCUCUCAUGGCCACAGAACCUGAUUUUGGUGAUUACUUAAGGGUUAUUUCGAUCACCAAAACCGCGUCUGUGUUUCCAAAAGUUUUGCACCCUCCAAAAAUUCUCACCCUCUCAAACUUGGACAGGCAGUGUCCAGUCCAUAUGUACUUGGUUUUCUUUUACGGACACGAGAAUAAUAAUUUGUUCGUUGAUCGUGAUUCAGUUUUCAGAGGCUUGAAGUGUGGCUUGGAGGAGGCUCUGUCGGUGUGGUACCCGGCGGCGGGGAGGUUGACCUUGAACCCUAGUGAUGGAAAUAAGCUUAACUUGUGGUGCAACAACAAAGGAGCUAUUCUGGUUGAGGCAGAGACGCAGGUUGAGAUCUCUGAGCUUGGAGACCUCUCUCAGUACAAUGACUUUUUGGAGAAGUUGGUUUACAAGCCUGUGUUUGAUGGAGACUUCUCUCAGAUGCCUUUGGUUGUUGCUCAGGUGACCAAGUUUGGGUGUGGAGGCUAUUCAAUCGGUAUUGGUAUCAGCCAUUCGCUGUUUGAUGGCCCGGCGGCAUAUGACUUUAUGUGUGCAUGGGCUUCAAAUUCUGCCGUAAUUAUGAAACAACACAAAGCUUUGGAGCUGCCUGAUAAGUUGCCAGUGCACGACAGAGGGACACUGUUGAUGGGUAAGUUUGGUCAUGAAGCUCCAAAAGGGGUUGGUGCAAAGUUCUUGCAAAAUGGGAACGACGUCGUCCCUUCGGUAUUGACAAGGGCUGCUGCCGUGGAUCAUUUGUACCAAUUGAUAAUGCAAGCAGCAGCAGCAUCCAGUGACCAGAUCAAAUUGGAUCAAAUUGAGAAUAAUUAUGUUCAUAAAACCUUUCAUUUGAGCGGUGCAUUGAUAGAGAGUUUGAAGAGGGAGGUUUUUGGUGGUGACAUGGGUGGUUUUUCUUGUUCAUCCUUUGAAGUUGUUGCUGCUCACCUCUGGAAGGCAAAGACCAAAGCUUUAGGAGCGAGGAAGGAGACAAUGGUGUGCCUGCAAUUUGCAGUGGACGCGAGGAACAAGGUGGAGCCUCCACUCCCUGAAGGGUUCAGCGGCAAUGCUUAUGUCCUUGCCUCUGUUGCCCUAACAGCAGGGCAAGUAGAGCAAGCGACCCACAAAGCCAUUGUUGAAAAGAUAAGGGAAGCCAAGAACUCUGUUACAAGCAACUAUGUCAAGGCAUAUAUGGAGGCAGUUGCAGGGCCCCAGACAUCUCUGCCUCCUCUCAAGGAGCUCACUUUGAUAUCUGAUUGGACCAGAAUGCCCUUCCACAAAAUUGGGUUCUUGCAAGAAGCAGCAGCCUAUGCUUCUCCACUGGUUUCUCCAAUCCCACAGGUUGCAUAUUUUAUGCAGAAUCCUAGGGAUAAUAGGGGCAUUGACAUGAGAGUUGGAUUGCUUCCACACUGCCUCAGUGCCUUCACUCGCUACUUCCUCACUAAUAAAUGAGCAGUGAAAACUUAACCCGCUUUUGGGGCUCACUCGGGUAGUGAGUCGAGCGAGAAAAGCACUGUUAGGAUUAGAAUAGAUCAAGAGUUCGUUUGGUCGAUCCAAUGUAACAAAAACAAAGAACAACUUGCUGUGAAACUGUUUGAUU